AUGGCGGGGGGCCCCGGGACUCCCUGGCCGGCAGAGCCAAGGUCCCGGCGCGCGCGGCGGCUCGUGGUCCAGAGGCGGCUGCCGAGGAGGCGGAGACAACAAAAGCCGGCUGCGACUGCGGCGCGGGGCGCGAGGCGCGAGGCGCGAGGUCCAGCGGCUCAGUCGGGCCGCCCAGAGCGCGGCGAGCGAACGCGCAGCCCCGGCUCGGCGCCUCCCCCGCCGCCCGCCCGGCCCCACGGCGGCCGCGGAGAGGGGCAGGGAGGGGCGGGGAGCGCGGGCGGGAAGAGGGGAGCGCCCGGGCGGGGCGGGGCGGGGCGGGGCGCGGCUGGGGGCACGAUCGGGGCGCACCGGGCGCUCCUUCGCUCUAGGGAGGGGGAGGCAUGCAGGCCUUUCCAGUCCAUGCGAUGCGCUCGGGAACGGGGAGAGGGGGCUGCCGGUAACGCAAAACUGAGUCCGGGGUCCCCAAAGGUGCUCCCCCCAAAGCCCAACGAUUGUCAGCGGGUGUUUCGGUCUGCUCUUCGUGACUCCUUGGGUGCUCGGGCGACAAAAGCAACGGGGCAGAGGCAGAGCGUGGAGCUGAGGAGAGAGGGGCAACAGAGUCCUUGUUCCCAAGCUUCUGGCUUCCAUGAGAGUCCUGAAGGGAUCUUGGCGCAGGAGCAUUGA